AUGUUCCUCCGAAGUGCGCUCAUUGUUCUCAAAACCACCCAGCCAACUUUAAUGGCUGCUCAAUUUAUAAAGAAUUCCAUCAUAAGAUAUCCAGCACACCAAGCAAUCGAAUACAUAAUAAUUUUAAUACCCAAACCACUAAUAUACAAAGUAGCCAUACACCUGAUCACACUUUUCCUAAUCAACUCUCCUCAAAUGCAAACUUACGCUCAGGCCACAUCCAACAUACCAGGUUCUCCUCCUCCUACUAAUGAUACUCAGCCUCCAGAUUUAAGCAAAUCAUUGAUCAACACUUUAGAUACUAUUAAUAAUACAAUUUAA